CUUAUCACCCCCCUGCCGCCGCGAGGCCCGCUGUUGGCCCAGCUGCAUCAUCACAUGGGCGCCCGGCAGGCACUUCAGGCAGUCUCAUGCACAAUUGUCAUGCACAGUUUCUUGCUCCUGUCAUCAUCGAGGGUUGAAAAGUGUUGUCUAUGCGUUAGUCUUCGGGAAUUUCCUUGAUUCUCAUUCGAGUUUCGACCACAUCUACAGUUGGCACACGCUCUCUCGCCCGACUUAGACUAUGUGGGCCCAUUGUUAGCCUCAAGCCCGACGAACCCAAAGAGUUAAAGUAAACAAACUCGCCGGUCUUCAACUCACCCAUCCAUCGCAACUCGUCUCCUUUGUCUCCCUAAUUUAGCAACACCACAGCCCAUCAACAAUGGCAGCGAACUCCCCACCCUCGCCGACCCCGACCCCGACCCCUUCCCAACUCCCCCCCGUCCCCGCGAGCCCAACCUACUCCUACGCCUCGACCGCGAACCCACUAUCUCAAUACAACCUCCCUCCACCACCACCCCCGCGCCCCGCCCAUGCCGUCCUGACCAAAGCCGACCUGGCGCACUCCCAAGCCGCCUACGCCGACCUGCUCGCCAGCGCAAAAGCCUACCGCCUCGCCCUCGCCUCCCUCUCCACCGCCGCCUCGACCUUCGGCUCCGCCCUCGAGUCCUGCGCCCGCCUCAAGGAAGCCCGCGCCGAGCUGGCCACCGCGGGGCCGCCGCCGGGCGCCCCGCUCAGCAACAGCUUCACGACGGCCGCCAACCGCGGCGCCGCCUGCACGGCCGACACCCUGCUCGCCGCCGCGGGCCUGCAGCACCUGGUCGCGAACCACCAGCACAUCCUGUCGGAGACGGUGUACCGCGCCUUCGAGGUGCCGCUGCUGCACGACCUGGACCGGUGGCGCGGCGCCGUCGACGACGAGGAGGAAGGCUACGCGCGCGCCCUCGAGGCCCAGAGCAAGGAGAUCCGCCGCCUCGAGAAGGAGGGCGUCCGGAUGCACCGCCAGCGCCGCCGCGACGUCGGCCAGCUGCGCGGCCACCUGGUCGAGCUGACGGGCAAGCUCGAUGCCCUGACCGUGCUGCACGGCGAGCACGCGCGCACCCUGCUGGGCGAGAGCCAGGAGGCGAGCGGCCGCAUCGUCGAUGCGAGCUGUAGCCUGGUCCGGGCUGAGGUGGAUAUCUUUGAGAGCUUGGCGAGGAAGGGGUGGACGGGCGGCGGGUUGGAGGAGGUGUUGGAGAAGGGGGUGGAUCUGUUCGCCCCGGAGAUGGAUCCGCUAGGUGGGUCGGGGAAGGGGGGAGGAGGUGGUGACGGGAGUGCUGGGGUGGGCUCUUCGGGCGAGGGCGCCACGUUGUUCAGCAUCCUGCCGCCCAAGAGCAUACUGGCGGACACGUCGGGGGCUGACACGAUGCGAGGGGCGAAGGGCACACGUUCUGAUAGCCUGCUGGUGGAUACGGACCGGUAUCAGAGCCUGGCUGGGGCGGUGACCAAUUCCGACCUUGGGAGGGGGAGGGACCGCGAUACCGACAGUGUCUUUUCUGAGUUCAACCGGUCGAGAAAUGUGCGGCCGUUUUCUCCGCAGCCGGAACCGUUGAAGCUAAACCCGGAGGACCUGCUCGGUGGUAUCGAGAGUGCGGCUGCCGAGGCACCAUCCAGUUCAGGUAAGGAACGGAGUCGUGACCACGACGGUAUAGAGGAGCACGACGAAGAGUGCGCGGUUGAGGAGGACGGCGAGGGCCAAGAGGACGACGAGAACCAUCCAUGGCGCAACGAGGGGUUACGGCGUGGCUCGACCGAUGACGAAGCCAAAGACAUAGUUGGCGCAAGCCUGGGGGAUCCGCAACAGCGGGAGGGGACGUGGAGCGACACAAAUGACAGCAUAUGAUUGUGGGCUUGGAGGGGGGCUUGAGCCACCGAAGGGAAUUGGGCUUGAAUUAAUGUAUAUACCCUGAUGGCAACAACACUGUACAUAACGCAAUCUGACGAAAAGGAUAACUGUUUGGGCACCGUAACCGUAAUAGAUUGGCGCGCAGACACAUCAUGAAUAAUACCCAGCCACCAGUCCCUCCAGGACUCCAAAAAUGUACGCCUUGAAAAUGCUGGGGAACGCCCGCAAUCCAUCAAAUUCUAUGUCGCCGCCCCCC